AUGAUUAUCUUGUGGCUGGUUAUUGGCUUUAGUGUGCUGCUGCACUGGCUCUACAGGAUCAACAAGAACUAUUGUGUCCUGUCCUUCUUCUCCAGAAGAAUUCAAUCGAAAGAUGGUACACCUGUGGAGAGCAUAGCUCCCAUACCCAAGGGUAAGACCAUAUUCGGCAACACUUUCGACCUGUACGGCAGAGACCACGCUGGUGUUUUUGAACACUCCCGCGAACGAGCGAAGCAAAUGGGAACUAGCUAUAUUGAAUAUUUAAUGGGAACGGCCGUUUACAAUGUAAUCGAUGCGGAUACCGCGGAUAAUGUACUCAACCACCCUAAUCUGAUAUCCAAGGGACUUGUCUACAAUUUCCUACAUCCAUUUUUAAGAACGGGUUUGCUGACAUCAACUGGUAAAAAAUGGCAUGCACGUCGUAAGAUGCUCACCCCGACAUUCCAUUUUAAUAUAUUGAAUCAGUUCCAGGAGAUCUUCAAAGCGGAGAGUGUAAAGUUCCUUAAGCAGUUCGAGGGUCAAGAUGAGGAAAUUAUCACAUUACACGAUGUUAUUCCAAGAUUUACUCUAAACAGUAUUUGUGAGACUGCCAUGGGAGUUAAGCUGGAUGAGAUGGCGGAGAAGGGCGAUCGGUACAGGGAGAACUUCAGUCAGAUUGAAGAUUGUUUCAUUCGCCGAUUGAGCAACCCCUUUCUUUGGGGCGAUACACUGUUCAACAUGUUUGCAGCAAAAGAUUAUGCUGCUGCCCUGGAUGUGGUGCAUGGAUUUUCCAGUGAGAUUAUAGCUAAGAGGAGGGUUUUGCUUAAGGAUGAGCUGGACAACAGACAGGCCACACAGACAGCCGACGAUGAUGUAUUUGUCCCAAAGAAGCGAUUCGCCAUGCUGGACACCCUAAUUUGCGCUGAAAAGGAUGGCCUUAUCGAUCACAUAGGCAUUUGUGAGGAGGUGGAUACUCUCAUGUUUGAAGGUUACGAUACCACUUCAAUUGGACUUAUCUUUGGUCUGAUGAACAUGUCUUUGCAUCUCGACAAGCAGGAAAUAUGCUUCCAGGAGAUUCAAGACCACAUAGAUGAUGACCUGAGCAACUUGGACGUGAAUCAAUUGAAUAAGCUGAAAUACCUGGAGUACUUCAUGAAGGAAACCAUGCGCCUGUUUCCCUCGGUUCCCAUUAUGGCUCGUGAACCCGUUCAGGAUACAGAGCUGGCCAAUGGUCUGAUUAUUCCGAAGGGUUCUCAGAUUACCAUUCAUGUAUUUGAUAUUCAUCGGAAUGCCAAGUACUGGGACUCGCCUGAAGAGUUCCGUCCGGAGAGAUUCCUACCCGAAAAUGUUCAGAACCGUCAUACCUACGCCUAUAUUCCAUUUAGUGCUGGUCAAAGAAAUUGUAUUGGUCAAAAGUAUGCCAUGCAGGAGAUGAAAACCCUUAUGGUCGUCCUUCUCAAGAAGUUCAAGAUUUUGCCAGCCAUCGAUCCCAAAAAGAUUAUUUUUCAUACGGGUAUAACUCUGCGUACCCAAAACAAAAUUAAAGUACAACUUUCAAGACGGAAAUAGGUUAAGUGCUAAGCAAUUCAAUGAAAUCAAGUGCUUAAAGCAUUUUUUUUUAAAUCAUUUUUUUUUUGGAUAUUACUUUGCCUUCAAUUUUGUUCACAAAAAAAUGUACAAAAUAGAAUUUUGUCUAUUUGUAAAUACUCACUGUUUAUAAUGCACUUUUUAAUAAAUGGUUAUUGGUAUAGAACAUUUUAUAGAAA